AUGGCGGGCAGCCCUGGGGACCUCGGGCUGCUCCGGGGUGGGCCACGUGCACGACCUGGGCGUCACGUGACGGCCCUUUCCCGCCUUUGGGCCGAGGUGCCUGCAGGAGUAGGCCCUGGCUGUGGCCCGCCGCGGCCCAUCCCCCACCAGCCCAGCUCCUUGUCAGGAGCACCGCCGCGCUUCCGGCUAGGAGCUGGCGUGGGCUGCUCCGCCAGGUGGUGCCAGGGCCUGCGGGCUUGGGGAUUGGCAGCCGUGUCGAGCCAGAUCCAGCAAGUGUGGUUAUUUGGAGGCUUCGCAGGCCGCCAUUGGCCAGGCCCUGUUGCCAGUGGUGCCUGCGGUGGAGGCAGCUUUGUGUCUGCCACAACUUCUGAGACUCCAAAUUCAGCUGUCUCCAGGGAGGCCAGUACUCAGUCUUCAUCAGCAACCACCAGUCAAGGAUAUGUUUUGCCAGAAGGCAAAAUCAUGCCAAACACCGUUUUUGUUGGUGGAAUUGAUGUUAGGAUGGAUGAAUCCGAAAUCAGGAGUUUUUUUGCCAGAUAUGGCUCAGUAAAAGAAGUGAAGAUAAUCACUGAUCGAACUGGUGUGUCGAAGGGCUAUGGAUUUGUCUCAUUUUAUAAUGACGUGGAUGUGCAAAAAAUAGUAGAAUCACAGAUAAAUUUCCAUGGUAAAAAGCUGAAACUGGGCCCUGCAAUCAGGAAACAAAAUUUAUGUACUUAUCAUGUGCAGCCACGUCCUUUGAUUUUUAAUCCUCCUCCUCCACCUCAGUUCCAGAGUGUUUGGAGUAGUCCAAAUGCUGAGACAUACAUGCAGCCUCCAACUGUGAUGAAUCCUAUCACUCAGUAUGUUCAGACAUAUCCUCCUUAUCCAAGUUCACCAGUUCAGGUCAUCACUGGAUAUCAGCUGCCUGUUUAUAAUUAUCAGAUGCCACCGCAGUGGCCUGCUGGAGAGCAGAGGAGUUAUGUUAUACCUCCGGCUUAUACAACUGUUAACUACCACUGCAGUGAAGUUGAUCCAGGAGCUGAUAUUUUGCCCAGUGAAUGUUCAGUUCAUGACGCUGCUCCAGCCUCUGGAAAUGGCCCACAAAAGAAGUCUGUGGACCGAAGCAUUCAGACAGUGGUCUCUUGUCUGUUUAACCCUGAGAACAGACUGAGAAACUCUCUUGUUACUCAAGAUGACUACUUCAAGGAUAAAAGAGUACAUCACUUUAGAAGAAGUCGAGCAGUACUUAAAUCUGAUCAUCUCUGCUAA